GAGGCGGAAACAAACAGGAGAGACAGAGAGACAGCAACACAGCAAUGGCGAUGGAGUUGAGCGCAUCAUCUGGUGACCCCCAGACACUGGAGUCUGAGCGCCAUGGAUCACCCUCCUCUGAUGACUGCUGCGAGUUCUCCGUUGCUGUUGCCGGAGGUCCCGGCGUUGGUAAGACUGUUUUGAUCCAGGCCCUUCUCGGUCUCAAUGAGAACAGUCAGCAUUCAAGAGCUGCCUCCCUGCAUCCUACCCGAGGUGAGGGUCCUUUGCUCUACCUCCACCCGUCCCACCCCGGGUUGACUCUGUGGGAGCUGCCCUUGGAAGAUGGUUCUCCUGAGAAUUGGAUUUCAGAAGCUGAUCUCCUCCUUCUCGUUACGGAUACCCAGUUCUCUCACACUCACGUGAAGUUUGCCGAAAGUGCCCUUGCCCUGGGGAAAAAAGUUUGCUUGGUGCGCACUAAAGUCGAUUGUGACCUUCAUACUCUGAAGAGGAGGAUGAAGGACUGGUACAGACGGGAGGAUGUGCUUCUGACAUUGCAAGCUGUCACACUUCAGCCUUUUAGUGGUCUGAAGAAGGAGAACUUUCCUCGUGUCUUUCUGGUGUCCUGUUUUGAACCACGUAAGCUGGACGCCCCUGGGUUGAAGGAGGAAAUUGAGAAGACGUCUAUAGAAUGUGGAAGGCCUCUCUCUCUUGCCCAGCAAGGAUACGAGAUUAUUGGGGACAAGGAGAUAGAAGAACUGCAGUCCGCUCUCGAGAGGGGAGGAAUCUCAGAGAUGGUGAGAUUCAUCCAGACCAGCUUGGACACUCUACUUGAUACUCGAUUUAAUCUCGCCCUAAUGGGCGGUAAUUCAGACUUCCGUCAUUCUCUCUUAAAUGCCCUCCGUGGAGUAAGAGAUGGUGAGGAUGGUUCGGCUCACGGGGGAAACCCUGAAACCCCAAUAGAGUAUCCGAGUCUAAAGUACCCCAAAGCUAGUCUGUGGGACCUGCCGGUCAUGGGGGAGCUUGAAUCACAGCCAAAGAAGUACCUAGAGAGCGUUCACAUCAGCCACUACGAUCUCACGUUCCUACAUCUUACCCCGUGGCAGGAUGUCUCAGACAGCUAUACAUCACUGGUUUCUGAGCUGAAGAAGGAGGGGAGGAAAGUGUUCUUUAUCCAGGAGUGUGAGGGAGAUGUAGUGGAGUCCAUGCAAGGAGGGGGAGGUAGAGAUAAAGAGGUAUUUGUUUUGUUCCCCUCUAAGUUGCCAGGGCCUGAAUUCCAUAGGCUUUUGGGGUGUGCGGAAAAACAACUGCCCAGCCAUAAAUGCCGCGCAUUAAUUCUCUCCCUCCCAAAUAUCUCUGCUGAAGUCAUUCAGAAAAAGAAGGAGGCACUUUCCCAGGAGAUCUGGAAGGUGGCAUUGCUUUCCAGCCUGGUCGCCAGUGUUCCUGUCCCUGGAGUGGGUAUAGUAUGUGACAUGUCCUUGCUCACUGCCCGCUUGGACACUUACCGGCAAGAACUAGGGCUGGAUGCCAGUUCUUUGGCGUCUUUGUCCCACAGCUCAGGGGUUCCAGUGGCCGAGUUAAUGUCAGAGGUCCACAGCCCUGCUGGUAAAGGCGUGACGCGGGAGCUGGUGGGUAAGCUGCUAGGUUCAGCUACAGGCUUGGGGCUAGAAAUUGCAGGGGUUAUUCUUCAUCGGUUUCCUCUCUUAGGUCAUUUGACCUCUGGAGGUAUCGCUUUCCAUGCCAGCUACCUAGUGCUAAGUCGCUGCUUGGAGGCGAUGUCAGAGGAUGCCCAGCGAGUGCUAGCAAGGGCAACAGCCUCCGACUAGAUCCCAAACUUGAACUAAAUGCUUGGUAAACAACGCCCCACUGCCCAUAGUUACCUUCUGUCUCAAAGUUAUU